UCCUUUCACAAUUUCGCUGAGAAACAACAAAAAAUUAAUCAAAUCGUUUCUCUUGCUCACAGUCACAGGUCACAAGUUUCUUCCCUUCAGUUUCCCUUUCCCGUAAACAAUUUAGUUGUUGGUUUCUCCUUUUCCCUACCGUUUCGCGCUGCCAGAAGCCCAAAACACGAAACCGUAGCCGGCCGAGGAUCGCUCUCAGCUCAGAAGGGAGGCUCAGAACGAUCUAGGGUUUCGUUUUUUCCUUGGGUUCGGCGGCGAUGGCGUCGAAGCGGAUUUUGAAGGAGCUCAAGGAUCUGCAGAAGGAUCCUCCUACCUCUUGCAGCGCAGGCUUCUAUCUGUGAUAUGAUGAGGGACUGUUUGGCGUCCUCAAUGUAGCAUCUUCUACAGGGAUGUUGUUUGUGCAAUUGUGCGUUUAAAGCAAGCUCUUUGUCUCUGCUUAUUUUUCAUUUAAGGUAAUAAAAUUCAGUCAGUUGGAAUCGUCUUUACUUCCGCUAAGCUGAGCCAGAAGAGAAGUGCCCUCUGUCAGUAAUAUGACAGUAGCACCAUAUUAGGAAGGAGUUUGUGAAGUGACCACCUUUCAGAUUGCUGUUUUUAUUUUGCUAUGGAACAUUUUAACUCACCUCUGGUUGAGUUGUCAUGGCGUGCAGGUCCUGUUGCUGAAGACAUGUUCCAUUGGCAAGCAACGAUAAUGGGUCCUCCAGAUAGUCCCUAUUCCGGUGGUGUGUUUCUAGUCAGUAUUCAUUUCCCGCCAGACUAUCCGUUCAAACCGCCAAAGGUUGCUUUCCGUACUAAGGUCUUUCACCCCAAUAUCAAUAGCAACGGUAGCAUUUGCCUUGAUAUUUUGAAGGAGCAAUGGAGCCCUGCACUCACCAUAUCCAAGGUCAUUGUCUCAACUGCUUACCAAUAUUUGGAAAUGAUCAAACCUCUUCUUGUGGACAUGUUCUGUGCUGUGUACUUUGGCAGUUUGGCUUAUGUCGGAACCGGUUUCCAUUACUCAAUAUCUGGCAGUAGUACUUGUUCCAUGGCUUAAUCCAAAGGAGCAGUAGUGUAGUAUAUUUGCGUCCUAUCAGUACUAAAUAGUCAUGGAAUCAACUUCUGCAGGUGUUGCUUUCGAUCUGUUCCCUACUGACAGACCCCAACCCGGAUGACCCUUUGGUGCCAGAGAUCGCCCACAUGUACAAGACUGAUCGGAGCAAGUACGAGACGACGGCUAGGAGCUGGACUCAGAAGUACGCGAUGGGCUAGCAUAAUCUGCCGAUGUGCGUUCUCUGGGAAAGGGAGAACUUUCUUUACUUUUGUGCCAUUAGUUCAUGAAAGAAAAUUGUUGUGUAUGAAAGCAAAAGUAUGAUAUUGCUGUGCGUCUUAUGAACGGGACCUUGAAAGACAAAAUGGUCAGGUCUGUCUAGACAGACUUGUGCCCUGUUCUCUCUGAAAUCAAACACAUCGGUUGUGUAUUAAUUGUCGAUCAGAAUCUAUCUAUACAAAAUUUCCUUAAGAGAACAGUUCU